ACAAUGUUGUUGAACUGCACGAGGCUGACACACGGCUGCACGACCCUUCGGGUCACGCAAAUCAGCCGAAUCAGGACGCUAGGAACGUCACUGCGCCAGACAUCAUCCCCAACAUCAUAUAAUCAUCAUCUGGGCAGGUGUCUCCAUCGACGCGCCACCAGGACGCUCCCAGGCUCGCCAGCCAGUCACCCGCCUCCGAGUGAACAGAAUCACCUGCUCCAAACGCUGCGCAUGCCGUUGUGGUGCAUGCGACGUGGACUGGCCCAGAGCAGCAAGUGGUUGGCCAGGAAUGCUAAGGCGCAUGCACCACCUCCAGUUCGAGCCGCAAUCGAACCCGUUCCCCUGAAAAUGGGCCGAUCCCAGUACGGCCGCCUGCUCAGCCUGACCAAAUCGGAGAAAUGGGUGCUGACAGCGGGCAUUGGCUGCCUGGUGGUCUCCUCGGCCAUCACCAUGUCGGUUCCCCUGUUCCUCGGCAAGGUCAUUGAUGUGGUCUUCAACAAAUCGGGCAUGGAUAGCGCGGCCAUGGCCAAACUGGGCGAGUACUCGCUGCUGCUCUUCGGGAUAUUCGUGUUGGGCGGCUUCGCCAACUUUGCCCGUGUCCACCUGUUCGGCAAUGCGGCCCUCCGCAUAGUGCGCAAUCUAAGGUCCCGCUUGUAUAGAUCCAUGCUGAUGCAGGAGGUAGGCUGGUUCGACACCAAGGGCACCGGGGAGCUGAUCAACCGACUGAGCAACGACACCUACAUGGUGGGCAUCUCGCUGAGCCAGAACGUCUCCGAUGGCCUGCGAUCCUUGGCCAUGAUUGGCGUGGGAACAGGAAUGAUGAUCUACACUUCUCCUCAGCUGGCGGCCGUGAGUGCCUUGGUGGUGCCUGCAAUGGCGGGCAUGGCCAUCGUCUACGGACGCUAUGUACGGCGGAUCACCAAAACGGAGCUGGACAAGUACGCGGAGAUAAUGAAGUUCGGGGAGGAGCGUUUUGGGAAUGUGAAGACGGUGAAAACCUUCAGCCGGGAGCAACACGAAGUGGCCGCUUUUGAUGGCAAACUGGAUGAAGCGCUGGAGAUUGGCUACAAGGAGACGCGCGCCCGAUCUAUUUUCUUCGGAUUGACUGGCUUCUGUGGCAACUUUAUUAUUAUAUCCGUGUUGUAUUACGGCGGCACCUUAGUUUUACAAGACUCUCUGACCAUUGGAGCCCUGACGGCCUUCAUGCUCUACGCCGGCUACGUGGCGAUCUCGAUGAAUGGGCUGUCCAACUUCUACAGCCAGCUGAAUAAGGGCAUCGGGGCCUCGGAGCGGAUUUGGGAAAUCCUCGACAGAGAGUGCACGAUACCCAUUGACAAGGGUAUUGUGCCGGUGGACAAGCCGCUGGGCGAAGUGGGCUUCCAGAGCGUCUACUUUACAUUUCCCACUCGUCCCGAAGCCGCUGUUCUGUCCGAUUUCUCGCUCAAUCUGUUGCCGGGGAAAACCACGGCAGUGGUGGGUCGUUCUGGAUCCGGAAAGACAACGAUAGCCCUGCUCAUGCUUCGAUUGUAUGAUCCCCAAGGAGGCAGUGUCCAACUGGAUGGCAUUGAUUUGCGUACAUUGAAUCCGCAGUGGUUGCGGAAUAAUAUCGGUGCCGUCAGUCAAGAGCCGGUGCUCUUUUCAUGCUCGAUCCGGGAGAACAUCCUGUAUGGCGCCAAUCCCGACCAGCAGAUCAGCGAGGAGCAACUGCAGCGGGUCGUGGAAGAGGCGAAUGUCAGCCAGUUCACCGACCAGCUGCCGGAUGGCCUGGAGACGCUCGUCGGCCAGCGGGGCAUGAUGCUAAGUGGCGGGCAGAAACAACGAGUUGCCAUUGCCAGGGCGCUUAUUAAGAACCCCGCCAUUCUGAUCCUAGACGAAGCCACCAGCGCGCUGGAUGCCGUUUCAGAGCAGCUGGUGCAGAACGCUUUGGACAAUCUUGUCCAGGGACGCACUGUGCUGACCAUUGCCCACCGAUUAAGCACAAUCCGCAAUGCGGACCAAAUUGCCGUGCUGAGCGACGGAAAGAUUGUGGAGCAGGGCAGCUACAACGAGCUGAUGGGCAUCUCGGAGGGCGUCUUUCGGGAACUAGUGGCCAGCCAGGCAUUCGCCGGCCGUGAUUAGGGACCUGGAGUCGGAGACGUGGGUGCGGGAUUUUAGAUUAGGUGGAAUAGACGACUUUAGAUUAGAUAUGGGCCCACCGCUGGCUGGUGGUGGCUCCGCUGGUGCGACUGUUACCGGGCUUUGUGUUCAUAAAUCAAAUGUUUUUAUUUCUUUGUAAAAUACACCAUUGACCAUUGUUAAAGAUUGAA